UACAAAAAUCGUAGGUAUUCUUCGAAUAAAUACAAAUUUGAAAAUCACAAUGCAGCAACCUGUUGCUACAAAAUGAGUCAAAGUAUUGAUUUUUCUACGGACAUGCCCAGUAUCAGUCAGAUAACUAACACCCACGGUGGAUACUACUGCGUAAUUUUAGUAGAAAUAGUGUUUGUUUUACUGGAAACAGGUUUGUUUUAGUAGUGGUAGUUGUAAAAAUGUGUUGUGCUUUCGGUUGAUAUGGAAGAACUCCUGCAGGAUAUAUUUAAAGAAGCCACUGGCCCGAAGUUGAGUAGUUUGAAAAAAUCAUGUCAGGAAGCACUAGAGGUAUUAUGUUUGCAAGAAAGCAGCCGUCGGGCGUCGUUCGAGCUGCGGCGGGCGUGCCUGCUGCCGCUGCAGGCCGCGCUCGAGACCAAGCGCCCCCGACUCGUCGCAUACGCGCUCCAGGGCUUUCAUAAGAUAUUGCGCGAUGACCGGUUCCACCGCGGCAUCGAGCCGGAGGACGACUCACUGUGGCUGCCCUCGCAGCUGCUCUGCGCCACCACAUCCGUCGGCUACCACCAGCCUGACACACAGGUCCAGAUAUUCCGCCUCUACCUAUCCAUGGCAUUAUCACCCCGGCGCACGCUGAACGGGCGACUAUGUGUGUGGGCGUGCGGGCGUUGCGGCGAAGCGGCCUCGUGCGCGCCACCCGUCGCCGCCGCAGCACGAGCAGCCGCUGCGCAGAUAUUGCGGGCGUAUUGUGCUCAGCUGGACGAGGAGUACCAAGAAUUGCUGACAGAGUCGUCUCCUCUGGGCCGGAACCACCUGGUAGCCGUGGGCUGCUACAGCGAGGUCAUACCUGUCAUACAGUACCUGUGCAGUAGACUGUCGGAGACACAGCUGAUCCCCAAGCAAAAUGCCCUCGCUCUCUUCUUCCUGGAGUGUCUCCUGACGUUGAUGUCCAGUCUGUCAGAGAGGGUCAGUGGGAACCCUCACUUCACCACCUUCCUGUGGCAGAAGUUCUGCCCCUCACUCAUAUCGUUUCUGGGCACACCGCGUGUAGAUAAGAAUAUUAAAGCCAGAGAACACGAAGGUCACUUGGUUGAUGACUCCGGCCGAGGAUCAGGCGCGCUGGUGUCAGCUCCGAGCUUCAACAGCAAACAGGCUAAAGCUAUUUACAGCAUAGCCAACCAGCUCGUCCGUCUCGUCGGUUCCACGUCCACACUACGACCGGUGCUAGAAGCUCUCUACCACCGCAUGCUGUUAUACCCCCCUGCACCACACCGCACGGAACCGCUGCGCAGCGCGAGGGAACUGCUCCAGAAUCCACAGAGAUUGUGCCAGCUGGUGCUGCUUAAGAGGGACCAGGAGAAACCCAGUGAUGAUAUGGCUAUAUUGAGACUCAUAAUGGACGGUAUAGAAGAGUGCGGGCGCAGCGGUAAUCCUGACGUGGUAGCAGCAGCAGUGGAAUGCGUGUUCUCUCUCCUGGAUGCUCUAGAGAAGCUCUGCUCGGGGUCCGUGGAGUACAUGUCUGCGGACGUGGCUGCUCUCAUCAUGAGCCAUUGGCCAAAGCUCCAAGAUGCUGACUACACUGGACCACUCACUUAUCAGACAUUGGCCAGGCUGCCGAGCCCUUAUAGGGAUGUUAUAGCUGUUUUGCAAAGCAAUAACGCGAAAGAGCACGAUUCCUCGGACACAUCUGGUCCAGAGAACAUAAGCUCUGGAAGCGAGGCCGAGGCUGAUUCGGAUGCUGACAAUGUCUUUCUACCCUCACGAGCUAACAACCCUGCCUCACCCAAAUCUAGUCCAGAAAACGACUACAAUGAGAAGAAUAAGUCCAUUCCCAAAACUUUAAAUCUAGGAAGAUGCACAAUCACAGAAUGUAACGUGGAUCUCGAAAGACACAACGCGCGGCAGUUCGUCAAAACACUGCAAGUCUCGUUGUUACCGAGACUUCUAGUACUAAGGACUUGUAUUGAGAUCGACGAAUCAAUGCAAGAGUUUGCAUCAAAAUGCUGUCAGCACAACGCGUCGCAGCCGCCGGCUACCGCCUGCAUCAUGAACGCCGACGGAGUCUACCUCGCCACUUACGCGGCUCUGCUGCUUACACUGAAGCAACGUCGGGCAAGAUACUAUACUGAUGAUGAUAAGAACCAAGUACCAUUAACAGAGGACCAGUUCGUGGAUGAAGUCCAGAACAGCGGCGUGCUGGUGUACCUGUCAGCGACGUGGCUCCGGGAGCUGUACCAGCAGGUGCUGGCGACGGACCUGCUGAAGGAUGUGCCGACGGCUGAACAUCCCCUCAUACAUUUACUAUCAGAUCUCGGUGGAUUAGAUCAGAAUCCAGUAAUGUCUGAUUGGCAAAAACUGAAAGAGGCUUCCAUGAUCUACAACAACACCAACGAUACUCAGCAACAUCAAGCGAGCCUCCGAUGGGCUAGGAGAAUUUUAACGUGUAUCUGGGACUCGAUGGUGACAGUGCUGAGCGUGCCGCUCACAGGGUAUAGGAACAGAAAGAACAAGUUACAAGGAAUGAUAUCGAAGAAGAUCAAAACUUUCGGAAAGAGGAAGAGAAUAGCGUGGGAGGGACUCACCAUACAGUGCUUGGAGGGAUUACAUAAGGCGGCAAGAAUCAGCACAACGUUGAAUCUUCAAAAUCGAUGCAGCAGCAUUCUGGCUCUCCUCGCAAACUCCGCGAUAUCACAACCAGCGAAUGGCAAAAUAUUAUCCACACACGCGUUAUCAUUGGAUAUUCUUAUAUCAGGUGGCCUAGAACUAGGCUCCAAAGCACCAGAAUGCUGGGAGCACAUAUUCGCCGCCUGUCAAUAUGUAUCCAGCUUCGAGCACUCGCUGUUCGGUCAGCAGGGCAACAACGCGACGCCGAUAGUGGCGAUGCAGGCGGGACGCAAAACCGUGUCCAUACUCCAGGCUGACGCGAAGUUGGGGCUGGAUAAGGAUGAUGAGACGUGCGUGGACGUCUUCAAUUUUCUGCAGCCAGUGUUUGAAAAUAACAGUAGUAGCGAGAUGUCUGUGGCGAAAAUUGUGGAAGCCUGUCGUCAAGAGAGUGGGGAGGUAAUUAGCGGUUCGAGUGCCGCGCGCGUGUGCUGCGCGUUAUCGAGUGCUGCCGACGCGCUGUUCACGCGACUCGCCGCCACCACCACGCUGCCGACAUUACGAGCGGCAUUGGAGAGAUUGUUGCAGCAGCAUCAUCGAUUGCUAUUCUCCACUUGGGAGCAGGAUGUAGCCAACAACAACACAGUGUGGUGGCGUCGCAGCCCGCGCAAGCCUGUCACGGGCGGCGAGGCGAGCCGCGCGCUGUGCCGCGCCGGCGACGUCGCGCUGCGCUGCCUACGUGCCGCACGACCGCUCGCGCACAGAAUGGCGAUAUGGACGGUCGUCGCGCCGCAUUUUAUGCAGGCUGCCUGUCACAAAGACAUCCAUAUUUCAAGUCUGGCAAUCCAAUGUCUUCACGAUUGUGCUACCACAUUGCUCAACCAGCAAGUAGAGCUUCCACAUUUCCACUUCAAUGAAGCGCUCUUGAAGCCGUUUGAAAAUCUCCUUUGUUUGGAAUUAUGUGAUGAUGACAUUCAGGAACAAAUCAUCUCAUGCAUUUGCGAGUUUGUGGAAACCAAUAGAAUGGAAAUAAGAUCUGGAUGGCGUCCCCUAUUCAAUACCCUAAGAGCAGCUAAUAACGCUAGUCAGUAUUCAGCAGUCCUAGAAAUAUUCAAAGUGUUCCUAAAUACGGACAAUACUCUCGUUUUCGCCAAUGCUGCACUAGACUGUAUACUUUGUCUUCUAAGUCACAUCAAAGGUCUUCACUAUGAGGAAACUCAAGCAGCCGAAGGAAAGCCUAAAAAGAAUGCCACUCCUCCACAAUCCAAGCCUAGUUUAAGUCUAAAGUUUUCCAAGAAUAGCAAAUUUAUUCCACUAAGCGAAGAAAAGUCUGAGAAAGUUAUUGUCGAUAUGUGCAGAGAGGCGUUGUAUCAUUUAGAAAACUGUGCUGAUAUUCUUAGCAUGAUGUACAAUAUGCCAAAGUGUCCGAUAUUCAAUACAGGAAACCGCAUCAAAGGCGAUUUGCCUUUAUCGGUGGUCGAUCCUAUUAUACCAAGUAACUCACUCGAUGUUACAAAAUAUAUCGUGAACGAAAAUUGUGACGAAGAACUAUUUUCGUAUAGGAAAUUGUCGACGAGUCUUCCACCUUCUAACACAACCAACAACUGCCUUUUGAAAUUGGAUAAGCCGAGCAAUAUUCUCAAAGUGUGGUACGUGUUGAUAGAAGGAUUAGUUUCAGCCACGGUUGUAUGUUCCAAGAAGAACCAACCAGCCGCAAUGGAAACUCUAUUCAAGUUAUUAAAGAAUAUUGCUGAAGUCCCAGGAACACAUUUUGGACUCCAUUGUAUAAAUCAUCUGCUACUGCCAACGGUUCAGAAUUGGCUUCGACAAAUAGCAAACGUUCAUACCAAUUGGGACAAUGUUAUGCCAAAUUUUAAGCAAUGUUGUGGAAUGACAACAGAUACUAUCGUUACAUAUCUGCACCUUUUACAACAAAUUAACAUUGAAAGACUGGACAAAGAUAGUGAUAAAACGGUAAAUCCCAUAGAGAGUGUAGAAGCUACUUUUGCUCUAAAGCAAAUAAUGUUGAUUUUAGUAGAAUGUAUAGCGCAACCGCAGGAGCCCGUCGCUAGAUUAGGGGCAUCGUGUAUAAGGCAUAUUAUUUUAACAUCAGGACAUAUCCUGACUGAUAACCAAUGGGAAAUCAUUUGCACGAGUUUACAUCGUGCUUGUAACGUUAGUUUGAGUCCAUUGAAACAAUUAACUUACGCCUUCAAGGAAAAUUCAAAUAGUUUUUAUGGAGAUCUAGCUAUCGUUAAAGUAGCAGCUAGAAGAGAUUGUUCAGUUAAUGAUAAUGUAAGAUUGCACGCUAUGGCCCAGCAAGUAUUUUUAACGGACCAACCAAAAGCAGAUAACCAGAUGAAAAAUACAAUAAAGAAUUCACAGCAAAAUCUAAAUCUAAUCGACGACAGGAGUUACAUUUAUUUGAUUUAUCUACAAGAAUCUAUAAAUUCACUAAACCCUGAUCUUUACACUGUCAGAAUACCAAAUCGAGGGCUUAUUGUGGGAUUAUUAGCUCAUCAAAUAUUAGUUCAAAUAAUAGCUACUGUUCUUAUUCAAGCAUCCUCGGAUGUUUUCCACGGAAUCAACAGCAUACUUAUUGAUACUUUUAAAAGUGGCACGAACAUUUGUAACUAUAGGUUUAUUUUGAAUAGUAAAAAUAUUGAUUUACUUCUGAAAAGCUUGGAACUAUCAUAUUCCCGAGGAAUGCAGUUCGAUGCGAGGCCAGGAUUAAAGUUUCUGGUACAAAAAGUUUCUAAUUUGGACCAUGCCGCUAAUCUUUACAAACAAACGGCAUCCUCAUGGCUUAUUAAGAUAAUAGCUCUCACAGAAAUAUUUUUCAGUGGAGUCUCUAUGUAUAGACUGGAACCAGCCGAUAUAAGUGUUAUCCUAAGUAUAUAUAAAACCACGUUAAACAUGACUUUAGAAUAUGAUCAGUUUGUAAUGAACAUAUUUGACCUGAAAGCAACUUGGGAAAUUUUAUGUAACAACUAUGUAAAGCAUUUAAUAAAUGUAACAGAUUACGAUGUUGAUGAUUCAUUUAACAUAAAAGAUAGAGUUUCUUGUAGCUCAGAAGAUUCUGAUUCCUCAAAUAACUAUGAACAAUAUUACAACAACAGAACGAUUGCUGAAACUGAGGAUGUAGCUCCAUCACCCGAAGAAGAUGUUGCUGAAAACCCAGACAGCCAAGUUGAUAAUCCAAAACCAUUCACAUUUGCAGACUUUAAACUAAGCUCUAAAACUCCUGAUCCCACAGAAAAUCUUAAGGAUAUUGAAAAUGAUAAUAUUGAAUGUGAGGAGCCAGAAGAAAACACACCAGAUGAUGAAACUAAUCAAUGUAUACAAAAACAAAAUGCAGAAAGUGAAGUAAAAGUUCCUAAAGUUAGAGAUGGAUCAAAAUCAAGUUUAAGUAGAACCAGGCAAAGUAGUGCAGAUAAAACUGAAGAUAAUACUAGAAAAGUUAAUAUUGUGAGGCAAAAUAGUGCAGAUAAAAAUGAAGAUCAUACCAGAAAAGUUAAUAUCAUUAUAUGCGAUGGACCAACAUACGAUAAACUAAAAACAGUGGAGCCUUUUAUACCACCACAACCAGUGCCGCCAGAAAUUGAGCAGCAAAGAACUUUAAGCAUUAAUAAAGAUACGGAGGUGCAGAAGCACUGUUUCCAGAACAUCAUCAUGGCGUAUCUGGAGCUGGUGUUGACAUUCCCCCUGGAGAGGUUCCACCUGAUCUGUCCCGUGCUGCAGGCGGGCUUCGUGCAGCUCGCCAAAACUGUCACCGACACACAACUACUCGAUAGGAUUAACGUAUUUUUUGACAAGAAGACUUAAUUUUUGUGAUCAAUUAUAGAAUUAAUUUUAAGUAAGACUAGCUCUCGAAUAGACUCAAAUCGAUGGGACAACGAAUGCAAAGUUUAAAAGGUGCGAUUAGAGCAAUUAAUAUCAAUGUAGAAAAAUUCA